AUGUCGUUGGCGGCACAAAUAUUGACCCGGGUCUGGCUUACGCCGCAUCCAUAUGUGACACUUCAGAUUGGGCCGGUGGACGGAGUGGUUUUCGCUCUGGACCCCCAGUCGGACACUUUGCAAAUUGGCUUUUCCAAGCGCAAGUACUUGGAGCUUUUCACAGAGGGCCAUCACUUUUUGGAAGGGCGCAAUUGGAGCGCGGAUGUGGCGCUGAUGGGCGACGUCGAGCUCUGGCAGUUCUUUUUGGCUACGGCGGCGCUUCUCGCCACGACAAAUGACCAUCUGACGGCGUGGCGUUUGCACGAGCGCGUGGUGGGAGAGAUGGCAUUGAGAGAGUGCAGAGACGAAGAGAAUGAAGGUGAAAGAGAAAGAGAAUGUGAAAUUGAAAGUGAAAGUGAAAAUGAAGAUGAAAGAGAAAAAGGGAUCGCACGAAAGAGCAAGAAUGGCAAUGAAAGGUCUCUCUCAGAAAUGCUGGAAGAGGGCGAGGCCGAGACAUUAAGGGCAGCGCGCAUGUCUUUUCUGCCCGACGUCGCGCCGUUUUCUGCUCCCGCGCCCUUCGGCUCUGUUUCCUUCGGCUCUUUUUCCCCGCCUGGUCUUUCGCUCGCCGCAGCGUUGUCGCUCCGCUUCUGCGCCGCGCUAGCCACGUCGCGCCUCGCGCGAAUCAACAAGAGCCCGCUUCUCUGGACCUGGCUUCGGAAAUUGGCCGUGGCCGGUCUGUUCUCGCUGCAAAAGAGCUUCCGAUUCUUCUUUGAAACAACGCUCCGGUCCAUGGCGCUCCAUUUUGCCAACUACCAUGCCGCAUUUACUGCGCACUGGCUGGUUUCCGUUGCGCGCGCCCACGGCCUCGACCCGCGCCCUGCGCUCGCCCUUUUGCGCCCGCUCUGUCGCACCAACUUGGCCGAUGUUUCCGCCUGGACUGCGCUCGCCAGAAUCCUCGCGCCCCAACCUGAUCCGCUCCGCCUCUAUCGGCAGUUUGAAAAGGAGACCCCGAGAAUAUUUGGAGUCACGCCGCAAAAGCUUUCACUCGAGCCUAUGCAAUCUGAAGUUUCUGACUCUGAACCAUAUGCUCUGCCGUUGCCGGACUUGCAGUGGCUUCUAUCUGUAAAAUGUGCUGUUGUUGCGCCAUACUGCAUUCUUGGGGCCGUGGACUUGCCAGCCGCACGCCACUUGCUACGAGAAUACCUUUUGCAGAAUGAAAAUAAAGAGAGUUCAAGGACGGUCGUCGCCCCUGAAAAUUCUACAAACGGGAGCGAAAAACAAUACGCCACGGCUGGAGCAGAAGAUAACGUUUCAAUAAAAGAUCCAAGCUCGGAUCAGAGUCGACUGCAGGAAUCGCACCUUCGCGCAGUAUCGCACGCUCUCGAAUUUCUUUCCACAUAG